GGAGGAGAAGAAGCGAGCGGCCAGGUGGAGGUGCUGCCCUGACUCCGGGACAAAGGUGUAACACUGCGUCUCUAUUACCGGAGCUACACGGUUUAACUUGAACCAGCCUGGAGCCUGGAGAAGUUUUAACAUCAUGUCGUUGACGCAGGAGUCCGUCCUGUCUCUGCUCGUAUCGGAGGGAGGCCGAGUGAAGAAGUCCGAGCUGGUGAGGAAGUUUAAAGGCUCCGUGGACUGCGGGGAUCCCGCGGAGAAGGAGCGGAACAGGGAGCUUUUCAAGACCUUCGUCAACAACGUCGCCGUCGUCAGAGAAAUCGACGGCGUCCGCUAUGUGGUCGUCAAGAAUGUGUACCAGCAUUUACUGGAGGGAGUCCAGACGGAGAGCAGCCGCGAGGAGGAGCCGGGAAGCGAAGGACCGGCGGGGACAGGUGAGCAGCAGCGCCUACCUGUGCGGGACCAGGGCUCUGCGGGUCCUGGAGAAGACGAGCCAGAUGUCCCUGACCUGGGUGAGGCGAGUGAAAGUAGUGAAAACCCAACGGAAUUACUGUGUCCUAUACAGCUGGCUCUGCAGAGGACCAAGUUCACGGACGUCAGGGUUAAAAGGAUGCUGAAUUUUGAGAUCCAGAGCCAGGACAAGAAUGGAGAUGGUUGCUUUACAAGGGGUGAAGCAACAAAGUCCAAAACCAUCAAGAGCAAACCUUUCGCCUUGCCUCUGAGAGUGCCCCCCAGCUCCACCAGGGUGGAGGUCCGCAAGCUGAAGGUGGAACCAGAUGAUCCUCCUGAAAGUCCAACACCAGAUGCCCACAGGUACAAGAGAAGACCCCCCUCAGUGGAGGACAGGACUGGCGGCAGCGUGGGCUCACCCCAGCUCAGGAGGGCGGUGAAGAGCACCAAGGCGUCAGAGGAGCAGAACGAGAACAGGGUUCCCUCCCUGGUUCCCCUGGAGCAGUCGGAGCAUGAGUGGCUGGUCAAGUGUGCCGCCGGCCACUGGAGCCAGGCGUACGGCCUGCUGCUGAGAGACAGCCAGCUGGCCGAGAAGAGGGACUUCAUGUCAGGGUUCACCGCCCUGCACUGGGCAGCCAAGUGUGGAAACAGUGACAUGCUCACCAAGAUUGUUGACCUGUCGAGGCAGGGGGGAGUUGAAGUCGACAUUAACGCGAGGACACAUGGCGGUUACACUCCUCUGCACAUUGCCGCCUUGCACGACCAGGAGUACAUCAUGGCCACGCUGGUCGGGGAGCACCACGCCGACGUGAGGGUCAGGGACAACUGCGGGAAGAGGGCCUACCACUAUCUGCACAAGGGUGUUUCCAAGAGUGUGAGGGAGAUGCUGAGUGAACCCAAGGCCCGGCCGGCUCCGGACACGGCCCCGCCUGAGAAAGAAGAGCCGGAGCUGUUCCCAGAUCUCCCCAAGGGUCUGCAUUCAAUAAGCCGUCUCUUCCAGCCGCACGUGACGGGCCUCAAGAAGAAGCCCAAGCAAAGGUCAGCGCUUUACUCCCUGAGCGACGACCCCGGCGAGGAGAGAGAGGACAGCGGUUUCAGACAGAGAGUCCUGUCAGAAGCUUUCAACUAAAGGAAGAACUCUCUCUUGCCUCACUUGAAAGACGUAUAUUGACAUUUUACUGAUUUUCUGGCCUUCUUUCACACACAAAAACUGAACAAUACUCAAAAUAAUAAUGAUUUGAAGUAUUAAUUCUAUCGAUUUUUACAUUUUACAUUAGGUUUCUUAUAAGAGGUGAAUCUAAAGGUUUGGGUUUCCAACUGUGAAUCAGACGUGACUCAGAAAAUAUCAGACUUAUUAAUCAUCGUCUGUGGUCUCCUGGUCUUCUCAGUCUUUCAGUCUUUAUUAUAAUUUUAUAUAAAGUGAAUAAUUUUUUAUUGUAGCAUUUCAGUUCAGGCAACAAAAAACGGCACCAAUUUUGUAUUUAUUGCAAUCAUUCAGGAAUUUUACUUGAUUUUUAAAUGGCUGUUCUCAAAGAAUAAUUUCUCAAUCUAUUUUUGUCGUAAAAAGAAAAUGAAUCUACAACAGAGACAGUUUGUUACUGAUUUAAAAAAGACUUGACUUGUUCCCCUGUGUUUUCGUCUCUGAGUCAGAACUGAACCGAGAACUGUGAAACGGUCAGACUCUCGAUUUCCUGAUGCAGAAAAAGAAAG